CUAAAGCCUAAAACCGACUUAAACGCUCCGAUACAAAUACAUAUACAUAUAUACUGUAUAGUAGAUUACGGCGGUUCUUCUGCGAUUGAAGAAAAGCAAUCAGAAGACAGCAACAAUGACGUAUUACGAAGAAGGCUAUUCUGGGUCUUCCUCUAAGCGUAGCAAACACUCCGACUCUUUCAGAGAAGAUUCUUAUCAUAAGUCACAGCAUGGUUCUCAUAGGAGGAUCCGUGACCCUGAUGGUUACUACAGAGAUAGACCGAAGGAACAUAGAUCUCAUUCUCGUUCACACUCCAAAAGGAAACGCGUUAGUGGUUUUGACAUUGCUCCUCCAUCUUCUUCAAUCUUGGCUGCUGCUGCUGCUGCAGGUAAUGUUGGGUUACUAGCACCGAUGUACUGAGAAUGAUUGUGAGCUGAUAAGCUUAUUUGAAAAAAGGAAGAAUCGAGCAAUGGUAUGGUCAACCCCCGGCAACCACCGCAUCCAUUCCAGAAAUGUUCCAAAACAUGUCAUCUGACCAGUUUAAAGCUCUUCCUGUUAUGCCAGUUCAGGCAACUAGACAUGCAAGGCGAGUUUACAUUGGGGGCCUUUCUUCAACUGUCAAUGAACAGUCUGUGGCAACCUUUUUCAGUCAUGUUAUGUCUGCAAUUGGUGGAAAUACUGCUGGUUCCGGUGAUGCUGUUGUCAAUGUUUACAUUAAUUAUGAGAAGAAGUUUGCUUUUGUGGAGAUGAGAUCUGUUGAGGAGGCCAGUAAUGCAAUGGCUUUGGAUGGCAUAAUAUUUGAGGGAGCACCUGUGAAGGUUCGGAGACCAACUGAUUACAAUCCAUCCCUAGCUGCUACUCUUGGUCCAAGUCAGCCUAGCCCCAAUCUGAACCUAGCUGCUGUUGGACUAACCCCUGGUUCAGCUGGUGGGCUAGAGGGUCCUGAUCGCAUAUUUGUGGGUGGGAUUCCUAAUUAUAUCACAAAGACGCAAAUGCAGGAGCUACUGGAAUCUUUUGGGCCUCUUCGGGGAUUUGAAAUUGUGAAAGACAGAGAAACUGGCUACUCUAAAGGUUAUGCGUUCUGUGUAUAUAAAGAUAUAUCUGUUACAGAUAUUGCUUGCGCAUAUCUUAAUGGUAUCAAGAUGGGUAACAAAACCCUUACGGUUAGACGGGCUAACCAAGUUCAAAUUCAACUUAAGCCUGAGCAGGAGAGUGUACUAUUACAUGCGCAACAACAAAUUGCAUUGCAGAAAUUUAUGUUGCUACCUGGAGCAAUUGGCACAUCUCCCACCAAGGUUUUAUCUUUAUCCCAAGUUAUAGCUGAAGAUGAGCUCCUAAAUGAUGAAAGUUAUGAAGAAAUAAUGGAAGACAUGAAAAUAGAAUGUGGAAAAUUCGGUACUUUAGUGAACGUCGUCAUUCCACGCCCAAACACCGAUGGUGAGCCAGUUUCAGGGGUUGGUAAGGUUUUCUUGGAGUAUGCGGACACAGAAAGUUCAAUGAAAGCACGUGUUGGAUUGAAUGGAAGAAAGUUUGAUAGGAACCAAGUGAUUGUGAGCUUUUACCCAGAGAAUAAGUUCAAUAUGAGGGAGUAUGAUGAUGAAUAAUAGUCAAUAGACUAGUUCUUUUACGGAAUUUUUUUCUGAUACUGGCAUAUUAAUUUCCUGGGACAGUGAGAUGUGUAAUUCUGUGUUAUUGUAUGUCCAUCUUUAAUAUGAAUUGCUGUGAUACCAGAAACUUGACUAUUCAUUGAUUUUGGUUA